AUGCCUGUUGCCCAGCGAGGUGCCCAAGAUGACUGCACCAAGUUCACCGUCGGCGACGCCAACAAUGGCGGUAACAACGGCGGCAACAACAACAACAACAAUGGUGGCAACAAUGGUGGAAACAACAACAACAACAGUGGGUCUAAUGGCCAGAAUGCCGGCAACAACGGCAAUGCUAAUAACGGGCAGAAUAACGGUAACAACGGCAACAACCAAGGCAAUAAUAACGCCGGCCAGGGCGGGAACCAGGGCGGCAACCAGGGAGGUAACAACGGCGGCAACAAUGGUGGAAACAACGGCGGUAACAAUGGUGGAAACAAUGGCGGUAACAACGGCGGCAACAAUGGCGGUAACAACGGUGGCAACAACGGCGGCAACGGAGGAGGUGCCGGAGGUGCCACCGCGGCGAACGCUGUAGCCGGCAUUGCGGCGCCCGCCGUUGAGGACUCUGGCAAUGGAGAUAGGCCCUUCCAAGUCAACGGGAACACUUUCGUUAACAAGGAGGCAGCAGUUCAGCGAGCGUGCGAUAUCCAGAACAACAGCUGCUCGGACGCAGUCAAUGGCGGCCAGGCUCAAGGUUUGACCCUCGCGGACUGCAAUGCCCAGGUCGCCAAAUGCGUAUCAGAACUCUCAUAA